AUGAAAUUUAUUUCAAGUUUAUUAAUUAUUUUAUCAAUAGUUUCGAUUUGUUUAUCUCAAACUUCUUCAUCAGUGUCAUCAGUGUCAUCUUCUUCUUCUUCAUCUCAAGAAUGUCUUCCUGGAUAUUCUGGUGUUAAUUGUACAUUUAACCAUAAUGUAACUGGGUAUGUUCCUGCAUAUGCACAUGGUGGAUAUGUAUUGUUUUGGGGUGAUUUUGGAGAAACACAUGAUGGAUUAUCAGUUUUAAUUGGUGGUACCACUUGCUCUAUAUUCGUUGCUUAUUUUUGGAUGAUUAAAUGUUAUGCUGGAGUAUUACCUGAAAAUACAUUUUAUAAUGUUACAGUUACUCAAAAUGGUAUAACAUGGUUCCAAGAUAACUAUUAUAGAUAUCAAACAAAUUGUGUAAAUGGUGAAACUUUAAAUGGUUAUUGUCAAUGUGAAACUGGUUUCACAGGUGAAUUAUGUGAUGUUGAAUCAUCACCAUACAUUAACACAAUUAGUAGUUCAUCAAUCGAUGGUGGACAUGUUAUUGCAGAUGGAUGGUUUGGUCAAGAUCCACAAAUUGGAACAUUUUCAAUUUUAAUUGGAAAUAAAAAAUUAAGAAUUGUACAAAUUGGAUCAACUCGUUUUUCAGGUGUUGCACCACAAGGCAAUGGUAGUCAAGAUAUCACAAUUUAUAAUUCAACAAAUAAUCAAUUACUUUAUACUGGUAUUAAUUCAUUUCAAUAUGAUUCAACUCUUUGUUAUGGUGAUUGCUUUGCUAAUGGUAUUUGUAAUAAUGGUGUAUGUGAAUGUUUUUACCCAUGGACUGGUCCAUAUUGUUUUGAAUUUAAUUCCUGUCAAUGUCCUCAAAUUUAA